UUUUGCGGAUGAAUUUUUUGAUUGGCCAAACCCCCUCUUUACAAGGAGCAGCGGUGUAUUUACUACGUCUCACUACGGGAUGCGCGGUGAGUUGGUAAUACAUGACAGUACAUCAUGUAGUUGCGGUUGUCGCUGUUGUUGCGCCCAUACGAGGAAAGACCUGCAGAGGAAGCAUGUAUGCGACCAGGAACCCAAGUCAUGAAUCUAGCGGUCACCUGGACAAGGUAGAAGCAGUGACAAGCGCGCGACGGGCCGCGCCCAGCGGUUCGCACACACUGAGCGGUGAGACUUUGUUCGGCGCCUGGCAACAGAAGAGCGGGUCUUCAACUUCAGUUGCGAAUUCAUGACGGUGAAAAU